GGUCCGAGUGAGCUCUCCGCCCCACCCAUACGCGUCUCACCUGCCCAAGAAUGUACCCCACAGGCACCGCGCUCAAAUAUCCCGGGGGAAUUAGAUAAAUUACCUCUGUAUCCCCCGGAUCUCCCAGCGAUCCAUAUCCUAUCCCUCGCUUCUUCAGUUCGCGAUGUCUCAAUUCAAUGUCACGACGCACACGAUCAAUGCCUCGCAUAUCCGCGAGUUCCCGCGCGGAACCACCAGCGCAUACGCCGACACUCCCUUACUCAAGUUGGUGGUGAACCAGUACGUCCCAAAGGACUACACCCCGAAGAAGGGGGAUAUGAGCAUUAUCUUCUGUCAUGCGAAUGCAUUCCACAAAGAGCUCUACGAACCCUUCUUCGACGACCUGCUGUUACACCUGCAGCGCCUCUCCGUCGGCGUGCGCGGGAUAUGGGCGCCCGACGCCGCGCACCAAGGCGCCUCAGGCACCGUGAACGAGCACCACCUGGGCGACCAGCCGAGCUGGAGCGACCUGCCUCGCGACCUCCUGCAGCUGAUCAACACGUUUGCGGCGCAGCUGCCUCCGCCACUAGUGGGGAUGGGCCACAGCUAUGGCGGGCACGCGGUCCUUCGCGCAUCGCUGCUCCACCCGUCGCUCUUCUCGACACUUGUCGCCAUCGACCCGGUCGCGGAAGAGUUCGAGAUCUUCAGCGGCAACGCCCCCGCCGUGGCGUCGGCGCGCCGCAUAGAUGUCUGGCCGGACCGCGCGACCGCCGAAAAGUACUUCCGCAGCCGCAAGUUCUACAAGAGCUGGGACCCGCGGUGUCUUGAUGCGCACAUGGAGCAUGGACUGCGCGAGCUGCCGAGCGCGGUGUACCCGGAUGCCAGGGGGUGGACUUUGGCUACCACGAAGCAUCAGGAGGUGUUCACAUUUUUGAAGUGUGAGGGCCCGCCGGGACAGGAGGAGUGCACGGCGCAUGAGGCGUGUGGCGAUACCUGGAGGAAGCUGCCGGAGGUGCGCCCAAAGGUGCUAUAUAUUGUGGGCACGGAGAGCCCGGUUUCGACGGAGGCGAGUAAUAAGAGGAAGAUGGAGUAUACCCCGCGUGCGGAGAUGGUGGCGAUUGCUGGGGCUGGGCAUUUGGUGCCACUUGAGAAGCCGAUCGAGACUGGUGAGUUGGAUGGAAACCUCGCGAGUGAUAAACCAUGCUGAUGAAGGAAAUAGCUGUUGCUGCCGCGAAAUACCUACAAGCGGAGCUUGCGCAGUGGCGAAAGGAUGCUGAGGCGGAUCGGGCGACGCUCAGGAACAAGUGUCUACCCGAGUCUUUCGUCAAGAGCUUGUCCAAAUUGUGAUGCUCAUUUCAGUAUAGAGGAUACCCCCCGAUAGAUACAUACAGACAAAUAAACAGUACAUA